GUCAGCGUGGUUCAAUAACAUAUCCGUCUCCGUAAAAAACAUUUUGAUUGAAAAUAUCUGCAAAGAAUUUCGCUUAUUUUAGGGGUGAAAAGUCUUCGCAGAAGACAUUGGAAAACGAAGGUAACAUCUACCCCAACAAUUUAGCUACGUAAAACAGAUUAGCUCAGUAACGUGCAGGUGCAUCCGCCGGGAGAAAAGCAGUCUUCUUCAGCGGCGUGUGCCGAUGCGGAACACUUCAGUUUGACAAAGAAAGAAGAGCGAGAGAUCGAGGGCGGCGGUGACAGAUCGAAAAGGAAAACAAUACGGAGAAAACUGUCCGACCUCGCUGACUGCGCGUGGCUGCCCGUGAGAGCAGGAAGUGCAACUCGAAGCGUGGGAAAGCGUUUAUUUACUCUGGGGGUUUUCUAAUUCGGCUUUUGCGUUUCCCCCGGUUCCAUCAUGGCAAGGGAGAAUGGCGAGUCCGGGACGGGAUCGUGGAAAAAGCAAGUAGACGACAUCAAGAAAAUAUUCGAAUUCAAGGAGAUCCUUGGAACCGGGGCGUUCUCAGAAGUGGUCCUGGCUCAGGAGAAGAGCACGGGGAAGAUGUACGCGGUGAAGUGCAUCCCCAAAAAGGCCCUGAAGGGCAAGGAGAGCAGCAUCGAGAACGAGAUCGCCGUGCUCCGGAGAAUCAAACACGAAAACAUCGUUGCCCUGGAAGACAUCUACGAAAGUUCCAAUCAUCUAUACCUGAUUAUGCAACUGGUGUCAGGAGGGGAGCUGUUUGACCGCAUCGUGGAGAAGGGCUUCUACACGGAGAAGGACGCCAGCACGCUCAUCAGACAGGUGCUGGAUGCUGUCAACUACCUCCACAAGAUGGGAAUCGUCCACAGAGACCUCAAGCCAGAGAACCUGCUGUACUUCAACCCCCAAGACGAGUCAAAGAUCAUGAUCAGUGAUUUCGGCCUGUCCAAAAUGGAGGGCACCGGUGAUGUGAUGUCUACUGCGUGUGGCACGCCAGGAUAUGUGGCUCCGGAGGUGCUGGCCCAGAAGCCCUACAGCAAGGCGGUGGACUGCUGGUCCAUCGGCGUGAUCGCCUACAUCCUCUUGUGUGGCUACCCGCCGUUCUACGAUGAGAACGACUCCAAGCUUUUUGAGCAGAUCCUGAAGGCCGACUAUGAGUUUGACGCCCCCUACUGGGAUGACAUAUCCGAUUCAGCAAAAGAUUUCAUCAGCAGCUUAAUGGAGAAAGACCCUGCUAAGAGGUACACCUGUGACCAGGCUCUGCGGCACCCCUGGAUCGCUGGGGACACUGCUCUUUGCAAGAAUAUCCACGAGUCCGUCAGUCGACAGAUCAAGAAGAACUUCGCUAAGAGCAAAUGGAGGCAAGCCUUCAACGCCACUGCAGUGGUGCGUCACAUGAGGAGACUGCAGCUGAGCAGCAGCAUAGACAGCGCUAACCACCCGAGCCACAACCGGAACCAGAACCAGAACCAAAACCAGAACCAGAACCAGAACCAGAAUGCAGCACACAUCAAGAGCCCGUCCACAGACUCCACCACGGCCGUCACCACCACCGCCACCACCACACCCCGGAAGGACUGUACUCCGGCACCCCCCACCCCCUGUAGUCUGGAGUCGGCAGCCUCCAACCCCGCGGGGGCCCUGUCGUCUGUAGGGGCGGUCCUCCCCCCCGUGGGGGCGGAGCAGCUCAGGCCACGCCCCUCCACCGUCAGCACUGUGCACACGGGGACCAAGUGA